UGUGUGCAGUUGGUAUCCACGAUAUCCGCGAUCGCCGUGUACCGCGCGUCGUUUGAGCAACUCGACGAGAGAAAGGCCAGUGCCUCGCGAAGAAAGAAAGAAAAAAAGGAAGGAAGGAACAACAACAACAAUAACGAAAGGAAAACGUGUGUCUGUGUCAGUGCGCAACGGGUUCGUCGCUAUCGGUCGCUCGCAGUGCGUUGAAGUUCCCGUUUCUUUUUUUGAUUAUUUUUUUUUGGGGAAAUUUCUUUUGCCUCCCGGCGGGGUCGAUCGCGCACGGUUUUUGGGAGUGCUGGUGUGCGUGAGUGGGGCUCUCCGAACGCUUUCGAGUGUGACUUUUGCUUGUCCAGGUCUUUCAAGUCUUUUUUUAUCGGGCAGAAUUGCGUGUGUGUCUUUUCGGCUUCAGUGAAUUUAGGCCCCUUUCUGGAUGGGUUCUACGCCGCAAUUAGCAUAGAUUUUUUUUCGGUUGUGCGUGAACUAUUCGGUCAUAAUUUGAAACGAGUUGAAGGAAGAAAAAAAAAACAGAGCACAUCGGACGACGGAUCUUGGAUUGAAGGAAUAGGUGAAAUCAAUUUGAAUUCAGCUGGCGUUUUGGUGGAAUGGGCUGCGAGUGCGAGUUCUACUUUCGAUGGCUUUUGUCUAAAUUUGGGUGUUUUCUGUGUGGAUUUGAAGCUUCAUAGCGAGGAAAGUGUAAUCUGAGUACCUUUGAAGAUCGGAAGAAGAAAGUGUGUUUGAUCGUGUUCUGGUUAUUUAAAGCCUCACAAUUGACGGGUUUGUCAACACAAAAGAAGAGAAAGGAAGACGAAUUUUCUCCGGGGGAAAAAAAAGCAUAAGCAAAAUACACACACACAAAACAGCGAGUGAAACUAGUUACAAGGUGCAAGUGUCCGGAUGGUAAUUGAAAGAUCUUGAAACCUAUUGGUGUCAGGAUUGGAUACGCUCCACAGCAUACCGAAACGCGCCCCGCAGCUGGAACAAAUUCCAUCGGAAGACAAAUAACAACAACAACAAAGUGUCGGUUUUCCAAUGAAAAAUCUCUAACGGAUCAGGCAGUGUGCAGUGCAGCUUUUGGUGUGGAUAAAGUGAGGAGAGAAGCUUUGUUGACAUAACCCAUUUCCGUGCACAGAAGCCUGCUGCUGUUGCCUGCUGCAAGUGUUGCAAAUGAGAGCUAAGUCAAGUGAAGUGAAUGUGAGUAAGUGAGUGUGCAAAAGAGGGUGAACGAUUGUUACAGAGAAGAAGAAAAAGAAGAAGAAAAUAGUUGCACUAACCCCUAAGAGGAUUAAGGUCUGAAUCAACACUUGCCUUCUCGAAGAGCGACGGCAAAGGGGGAAAGUGGAGCGGAAAAUCCUUUGCACCGUGGAACGAAACGAAACGACCCGUAGAGAUUAGCAAUAUUAGCAUUUUCUCCACGGGAAAUUGUGUGAACACUGGGAGGAGUUUAAAGGAUUGAAAGAAAACGAAAAAAAAAGUGCUGUUUGUGACUUACCUACGGAGCUGAGUACAAUAGGCAACGACGAUUUUUACCGAAAAAGUGGUGGUUUGGAAAGUUUGAAGGGUUCAAGUGUGUUCAAGUGUUUGACCAAAAUAGCAGCAAGUGAUUUACGUGAAAAGCGCUCGAUUGGAGGUUCAAAGUUGUGAUUCUGGAAGACGUCUACAAGUUCGAUUGGAAAUUGUCACCGAGGAUACAUUGUGUACGACGAGGUUUAAUUGGAUUAAAACUACUGCACUGUCGUAAGGAACACGCUUAACUAUCAGGCACCCAACUGGAUUGGCCUCCGAUGGUGAUUGGCGCAUGUUUCCGUUAAUGGGAUAAGAGAUAUUCGGAACGUCAGCAGCGAGCCAAAUGAUCACCGGAUCAUAACAAAAGAAUGAAUCCAUCAGAUGGCGAAAGUUAGCCAUCUCCCAAUGAGACGCUACCCAACGGACCAGUCGACGAACGGGACGACGACGACCAAUGUAGACACCAUCAACUUCUAUCCACCGGCUAACCACACUAGUCAACGGACCACCACCUCCGACAAAGCCAAACGGACAUGGGGCCAACGUCUUAAGCUUACGAAGCCAUCCACCGACAAGUUCAGCAGCAGCUCUGCCUCAACCAUCAGCGGCGCCAGCUCGUCCAAUCUCGCACCAACCAACGCCAGCUCGAAACCUUCAAAUCAGUCUUCCUCCUCGUCGUCAUCGUCCUCCUCGACCGUGACCAUCGAGGUGCUGGACUAUUCCAGCCUUCAGCAGCAGCACGUCCAACAGUCGCGCUAUCACACCACCAAUGCGCCCAGUUCCCUCGGUCUGGCAACCCACUCGAUGAAGUAUGCCGAAUCGACCUGGAUGUACGGCACGAUGCGUGGCAUGCCUCCACCGAUGCCCCAUCCUGGACAUCCCCUGCACCACUCGCUUCCGCAUCAGCACCCGGGGGCCAUGCUUCACCAUCCGGCCAUGUUUUGUCCGAUGCCUGGGCUGGGACCGGAGGUAGCAGUCGUCAUCUGCUGCUGUCCGGAGUACCUGAAUGGCACCAAGCGGGACGUGAAGAAGGCAAGCGUCUGUAAGAAAUGCAAAGGGUCGAGACUGCCGUUGGCUCCGAUCGGGGGCACUAUGAGGCUGACGUCUGGUGCGACGUUCCUGGCACCUCCAGCCAGAGGAACCGCUGGGACGAUGAAACUGGCGUCCACCUAUGGAAAGAAGGCAAGGCCUUCGAUAUUGGGCAGCGGAGGAGAUCCGUAUGAUUUUAUGCGAAGGUCGAGACUGAGUCAACCGGAGCAAGCAAGCAAGUCUGUGAAGAGUAGCAUUAAGGAAAAGCUAAGGGGACGGGCGAAGAGCACCAGUCCUUCGAAGGGGAGAAGCAGAGCCGACAAAAGGGCUGUGUCUCCGACCGGGAGCAAGAGCAGUGGCAGUCGAAGCCUGAGUGCAAAUCGCGGCAGUGCUAGUAACAAAGGAUUCAAGGACUGCUGGGUGGAACCGGAGGAGAUUCCCCCGAUGAUUGAAAUGCAGGAAGCAGGAGCCGCCCGAAGGUCAAUCCUGCGAUGUGAUAUUAAUCCAUAUGACUUGAUUUCGCUGAGCAGCGGGCUGAACAAUGAGUUCUCGCCAACCAGCGGGACGGAGGAUUAUGACCUGUCGGUUCAUUCGCAAAAGUAUGAGAAUCUACUGGAUACCUUGUAUGCCAAUCGGUACAAUCCGGCCAUCAACAACAUUGCGGCAAUAUCGGGCCAAAGAAUCAAACUGUUCGACGGGGAUGCGGGGCCAUCCGUCUACGAUGACGUCGAUGAGUACGUGUACGAUCCGGUGGAGGUUCAACCGGAUCCCAACCAAGAAAACCGCGUGGAAAUCAUCCCGGAGCGGCCACCUCGAACCAAACACAAACACGACCCAUCGUCGCCGUCUUCGAGCAAAGACGAAGACCUCAAGUCCCUGCCCUCUCAGAUCUCGUCCGAUGUGACUCAAAGUGCAAUAAAAUCGAUCCUGAAGCGACCUGGGUCAGUCGUCAGUGCCCCAACGGGUCCUCCAGACAAACCCAGCUACGAUACGAUACGGCUCAACCAGACGCUGGUCCAACGCCUGACCAAACUGACCUCGGACGAGAGCGUAUUCGCCAAGACCAGCUCCGUUAGUGCCAGAAAUUCAAAGACUCCGUCCGGUAAGGACAAGGAUAGCAAGCGCAACUCCGCUUCCCAGUUCUACUUGCCAAGUCCGUUGAACGGAGCGGGGGCGGUGGCUGCCGGUGCGCUGGGAUCCCGCAAGAAGGUCCAUUUUUUAGUCGAGAAUGAAGUCAUCGAUGACGACAAGUUUUUCGCGCAACUGUUGCUGUCGGAGACCAACGGUCACACGAGAGCACUGAUCGAGCCGAACAAAUCGACGGUGACGAUUGUGGAAGUUACGCCGGAGAAGACCACGGAGGAGGGCAGCACGGCAGUCGUUGCGACGGCGAGGGAUCAAACGAGUGAAUCUGUGAUCAAGAGCUUGGUGAAUCAUCUGGACAGUUUACGCCAUCAGCAGCGACAUCACGUGGUGGAAGAGCAGCAGAAGGAAGAUAAAACCGAAACUGAGGACAGUGGGAAAAACGAAACGACCAACGGGGACGUGACCAAGGAUGACAAAGCUCCAGCCGUUAAUGGAGCUGUUAAUGGCGUCAACGGAUCCAGUUCCGACGGAGAUCUGUCACCAUGGAGUUUGCGUCGCCGAACCGGACCGUUACGUCGAAGCUUCAGCGAACGAACCUCUCCACCACGGGUGACCUCCUUCAACGGGGCCAGCGAUCUGCAGCAUCGACAUAAGUCCAACUUUCUCGACACCAUGGCUUUGCGAGGAAAACAUGCGCGAGGUGACGCGAGGGCCGCUUUCGACGAGGAAACCCUGUCUUCGUCGUCGUACAGCUCAUCCACUGGCAGUUCCGGUGGUACGUUGACCAAUGGGAGGAUGAGACCACGGGUUCCACCUCCGCCACCACCACCUCCAGCCAGCUCAACUGGAUCGUCUUCGCCCGAUCAACAGUCGAUCACGAGUAGCGAUACGGAUAUGGUGGAGAAAAUCCGAGGGAAGAUCGCCGAUAAUGUAGACGCCAAUGUGUACGAGGAUUUUUGCUUUGAUUUGAGCUCCGGGUCAGAGCGGAGCAGUGGACGUAGUUCAACGGCUUCGAGGACCGUAGUCCAGGUGUCAACACCCAUUCCACCGACGUUCAGUAAGGACGCCGUCCACCGACUGGAGAUUCGCCACGAAGACGAAGACAGCAGCUACGAGUCUAUGGGCCAGAAGAAGACUUCGAUUUUGAUCACCGGAGAUGAUUGCUACUCUACGGUCAACAUGGACGAUGACAAUGAAACACCUCUGUAUCAGUCAUCCGUAGUCGUCAACGACGUAUUCAUAACUCCAGGAAUCCUUCAAACAUCAUUCAACACGGUUACGAUCAGUGUCAAUUCACCAACAUCGACACUGCAACAUCCUCGUAACAAGACCGCCUCGAACAGAUCCUAUCAGGAAGAGUUGAACAAUCAGAAGAACACCUUUCUUAACGGAUCAAACUCGACCUCGAUCAUACCGAUCGGGGGACCCACAUCUGUAACGGUCAUGAACCCGGUGGAAGCUGCCGAGCCAACGACUCUGACGAGAUCCACCGGAAAGACGUUCAUCAGUUUGGACUUUGAUCGCAAAAUGUCCAGUUUACGUGAUUCAACGGGACCGGAGAGCUCCGUCGACGAGGAUGAUCAACAACCACCAACUGUGACGCCAGAAGUGCACCCCUCAACAUCAACACCAUCAUCAUCAUCACCUUCGACCCCAGUCAACGAAAGAGACACAAUUUCGAUAGUUCCUAACGAAGCAAAUUCCAAAGAUAGUAGCGAUAGUUUCGAGAUGCUCCUGCGCAACCCGGUCGAGGCGGUCAAGCGCAAUCUGGUCCCGCACUUCUGCGGCAAGGUUAAGGAAGCAGCUGCCGAACUCAAGGUACCGGAUGCCUCCGGUAGUGACGGAGUGGUUCGCCGCCAGAAGAACGUAGAAACGCAUCUUAAGGCUCAACGGAACAGCUUUAUUACGAAGUUGCUGGAGGAUCCGAUGUUGGGUCACCUGGCCGAAGGGCUGGACUACGAUCUGGUGACGAAGCUGAUCGAAAAUUCACUGCUUCGGUUGAAGGAUAGUCGCAAUCAGCUGGACAUGAGUGGAACCAAAGACCAGGACGAUGUGUCCAAGAUGAUCGAGGAAUCGCUGAUCAAGAUCCAGGACGAACGGAACAAAAUGGAGGCGAAGAAAUUAGAAAAGGAUAGCAAGCGCAGCAGUAUUAGCUCGGGAAACAGCUAUGGAUCGGCAACGUACGAGCUGAUGGAAUUUGACCCUGCUGGAGAUCUUAGCGACUGUUAUCAAAGCUGUUCCAGUGACCUGACAACGGACGACGACGCCAACUUGUCCAGGAGUAAGUUCUACCAGAUGUUGGUGGAUGCUACGCUGAGUGAGAUCGAGCUCAGCACGGCCAAUGAAGAUGAUCACCAUUACGAAUCGAUUCGGCUGAACAGCGAUCCUAUCUAUGAGGAGAUUAGUGACAUUCCGCCUCCUCUUCCGCUUACUGCCCCACCGAUGGUGGACGAUCUGGACCGCGAAAAGCGCAAUGCUAGAUCGAUCUUCGAAGGAGCAUCCAAGUACGACAUCCUAUCCUACUUGGUUGAUGCAAGAGAGCGUGGAAUCGCUCAGGAAGAAGCGUACAGCUUCCAGUUCGGCAAUGCCAGUGACAUCAUCCUGGAAGAGGAAGAGGACGAAAACAUCACGGACCUUCGACACCAUCAGCGACAAAUAUCCGACAUCAGCAGCCGCCUGUCGCACAUGUCCAACAUCAGCGACUCCAGCGAAGACACCUCGCUCCUAUCAGCGAGCCUUGCCCAGCGCAAAGCUUCGGAGAUCGAACGGAACGACUCCGGAGUGGGAUCGGAAACUAGUAAAACUUCUCGCAGCAAGUGGCAGCAUCCUUCCUCAUCCCUGAUGGACAAGAUCAGUCCCAUUCACCUGUGCGAGGACUGCGACGGUCCAGUGGAAACGCAAAUCACCGAAUCCGGAGUCAUGUACGCUCCGCUGGUCUGCCGCAAGUGCGGGAAGAAGCGAGCCGAACGCAAGGAGAUCAUCACCGAAAUCGUCGAAACGGAGGAAAAGUACGGUCGCGAUCUGCAGAUCAUCCUGGAGGAGUUCUACCAGCCGAUGCUCGUGGCCGGGCUGCUCAAUCAAGAUCAACUCUCUGCAAUCUUUUUGAACGUGGAAGAAUUGCUCGAGAACAAUCAAUUUCUGGCGGAGCGUAUGCGGGAUGCACUGGACAUUGCCACCGAGCAGGGCGACGAGGAUCUGGUGACGGUCAACGUGGGGAAGGUCUUUCUGGAGGCGGCUCCGAUGCUGCAUGCUUUCGAGAGCUAUUGCGUCCGUCAGGGAAGUGCCAGUCUGCUACUGGCCAACCUGGAGAAGGAGAAGGAACUGUUGCGGAUCUUCCUGCGGGUGUCGCAGAUGGAGAACGCCGUGCUGAGACGGAUGAAUCUGAAUUCGUUUUUGAUGGUACCCGUCCAGCGCGUCACCAAGUACCCGCUGCUGCUGGCCCGUCUGUUCAAGGUCACUCCCCCGCACCUGGAAGGCAAGGAGCAACUGAAGCAAGCGCAGGAAAAGAUCGAACUGCAUCUGAAUCACAUGAAUCGGGAAGCGAAGGACGUUCCGACCAAGCUCUGGCGCAGGAUAUCCUCGUCGAACCCGGGUGGACGCCGAUUGUCCUGCGAGCUCGAUAUGAUCAACAUCAAGCUGCGGAAGAUUGCCAUCGAUGUGCUGGAGUGGAACACCGAGGAGGUUCGGUUUGCCAUCGAAGGGAGGCUGUUGUUUACGCAGCCGAACGAUGGCAAUUGGAAGAAAAGUCGCACCAUCAAGCUGACCUCGAUCAAUGCCCUGCUGGUGACCAAUGGAAAGCCAAGUCCCAGCUACAAACCGGACCGUGCCUCCACCGAGCUGCUCAACUUCCCCCGCCACGCCGGCAUCCGAGAGGCCUCGCUGCUCCUGGUCCGCGAAAAGAACGGCCGCUACACGCUUCUCCGGGAGCCCCUCUACCUGGACCGGUGCAUCGUUUGCACCGAGCACGACUGGGAAGACUACUUCGAAGUGCAGGAGAUUCUCUCGAAGGAAUCGUUCAUUUUCAAGGCGGAAGAUGGCAGCAAAACGAAGCAGUGGUACAGCCAGCUGCAGUAUCAUUCGCAGGGCAUGGGGACCUGGCGGAAGCGGCGAAAUGCGCUGGCAAACAUCAUGAUUAAUGGAAUGAUGACACGAACGUAGAGUACCUUCCAGUAGUAGUUGGGUCGUCAGAGAACAACACUUGCUACUUGCCAACAGCAGCAGCAGCCAGCCGUGCGCGGUGGGUUCGAUUGAGAUUUUGUUCAAAUGAGGAGUUUUUAGAAGUGGAAACAUCUCCCAUCGACACACCGUCGCUCCGACGCCGCUGGAGCAAAAGUAGCAACAUCCGAAGAAAAACGGAUAACGUAGAGCGAUGCUAAUAAAUUUCUUCCUUUAUGCUUUUUUUCGCUAUCUUUCUGUAAGUUUUUCAACACAUUCUGUUUGCAUGUAUCAAGUUGCUACCUUUCUUCCGUACUGCUCAUUGUGUUUAAGCUCGAUGUUUAGUUUUCGUUAGGUUUUGUUGCUUUGGACUUUUCUCACAUUUUUUUUUCGUGUAGAUUUUAUGCCCUGUAUUUAUUAUCAUUAUUAUACAUUAAGCAAAUACGAGAGUUGAUUAGUUGGGCUCGACAAAGAAAUUUGAAUUGUACAGAAUACGAUGAUCGAAAUUCUCCUAGUGCUCUACGACGGAGCAGGCAUCAAUAUUUAUUAACUUUGAUCCCCCCUCCCGAAAUGAAAGAAAAAGAAGCGAUACCCGAAAUUUGAUUAGACUACAAUCGACGAUUAGUGUUUAGUAUUUAAAUUAUAUCCUUCCCCUGUUUUAACGCGUUUUUUUCCAAAUUAAUCAAUCCUCUUUUCCAAUGUAUUUUAUCGAGCAAUUUUUUACCUUCUUGGCACUGUUCUUGAAAGUGAUGCGCAUUCAGUUGAGCGUGAAGGGAUUUGAGAAAUUUGUCCGCACGAUGCUAGGUUUUAACGACGCGAACUCUUAUUUACUAAUGGAAAAAAUCACAAAACUUAGGUUUUACUAGCGAUGAUAGCCGAUAGGAAAACAAAUGGAAACGAUCCCGAAGUUCUUAUAAAAUGAAUUGCAAUAGUAAUAUGAGCAAAAAUUUAUCG